AUGCCUACGAAUCAACCCCUACGUAUCAUCAUCGCCGGCGCUGGAUUGGGUGGACUCGCUGCAGCGUGUCGAUUUGCCAAAGAUGGACACCAAGUUGAGCUUUUCGAAAGAUCAAAGUCCCUAUCAACAGCGAGUGGGGCAAUCUUCAUAAGAUCCAACGCAGUUCGUUGCUUUUGCCGCUGGCAGAUGCGCAAUGCUUUUGAGGCCGUGACUGCCGAGAUCAGAAAUCACCAAACACGCAAUGGGAUCGACAAUGAACUCUUACAACGUCUAUCUUCCACCGGCUUCUCAGAAUAUCCCGAGUGGUCGACGGAUCGUGAAGCGUUGCAAAAUUUGUUGUACGAGCAAGCUCGCGCGGCUGGUGCCAGAAUCACCUUUGGUGCUGAGAUUGCAGAUAUUUCCGAAGCUGGUAAUCUUGUAUAUGCAACAUGCCAGGACGGCGCCAAAUACACUGGAGAUCUUCUCCUGGCAGCGGAUGGCAUUUCAUCGCGCUUACGGGCCACCAUUCUCUCCGGCCAGAAACCUACAUCACUAACUCCUAUCCCAGCUCCAUCUGUGCAUUACCCGACCGAAAUCCCUAGGGACAGACUCCUCGCCAAUACUCUUACGAAAUCGUUGAUCGCGGAGCCGGACGCAGAUGAUUCGAUUAUGUGGGCUGGACAUGGAGGGUACGCCAUCGGGAAAUACAAUCAUGCACGCCAAUUGUUCAACCUGAUGUUUUCCAUUCAAGAUAGCUCGGAAGACUACGCAAAGAAUCCACGGUUAUUUGACGAAAUUGGUGACACUAGCAUUGUAAAGGAUUUCUUCAAAAGGUACCAUCCAAUUCUGGGUGCUCUGUCUGGAAUGACCGAGUCUUGCUCACGGUGGCGGUUGGCGAGACUGGAGCCGCUCGACACUUGGUCCAGCCAAGGUGGACGACUGGUGUUGCUGGGAGAUUCGGCACAUGCUAUGCUGCCAAAUUUGGCUCAGGGAUUCAGCUGUAUCGUCGAAGAUAUUGAAGUUCUAUCGCUCUUGCUAGAAAACGGCGGAGACGUUUCUAGCAUCGUCAAAUCGUGGGAGGAUAUUCGCAUUCCAAGAGUGACGAGGUUGCAGGAUGGUUCCCUAUGGAACUACAGAUUGUAUACCUCUGGUAAAGCCCCUGGGGAAGAGUUAUCAGAAGAAGAUAAGAAAUUGCCUAUGGGAGAGGGGAAUGGCAAUGCGCCUUUUAACUCUUUGCCUUUUCUGAAGUGGGUAUUCGAUUACGAUGCGGCGAAAGAAGCGACGACGGCCAUAGCACAGGCUCAUGGCCAGACAUAG